ACUUAUUAGUCUUUGGGUCUUUCAAUUCUCCUGCGACGAUAUUCUGCACUGAAGAGGCCUUUCUCUUGAGACAGUAAUCAUUUUACUUCUCUUGGAGUUCUUACGAAGCUAGCAAAGUUGAGGCUAAGCUACUUCCACAUGUCCGCCAGGGGCGACUGUGCGGUUUCGCAUUACGUCCGGUGAAGGAGGUUCUCCCAGAAAUUAGACACGGCAAGUGGAACUUCAGAUGGUACAUCACCUUUUACAGCAAUUCCUUUUGUCGACGUUCUGAGAAAACUGCGACCCUUUGGCUCGCCAUGGCGCCGCUACCUGCACCUCAAAGGCGAGCUUCAAACUCGCGACCCCGAGCGCGGGGCCGGCCCCGACUCAACGCUGCACCCGCCCAGAAAGACGCAAGCGCAACGAUCGAAGUCCCAAUAAAGAAGAGGAAAUACAUCCCUGGAGGACCUGGUGGUGGUGGAAGGUAUGUCGAGGUCGACGGAACCGAGACUGUCGUUGGGGGCUCAGGGCCAGGAGGAAGUAAGUUUAGUGCAGUUCGACCGCGGACAGGCCGAGGAAGUGUCUCUAGUGGGACACCAUCACGCCCACGAAGAGAAAGAACGGCGACAGUUCGUCCGAGAUAUAGUUCGGCCGCCGCUGCCGCCGCCGCCGCCGUCGCCCACGGCGAUGGCUAUAAACCUCGAGAGGAACGGGGCUGGGAGGAGUUUCACCAAGAUCUUGACAUUGAUGCAAAGCUGCCUGUAUUCGGUGCCGAUGAAAUAGACGGGGUCGAGCCCACGGAUACUACUGCGGACGUUGCGACUCCAGAAAGAGCUGAUGGUGGUAGCCUUGACGGCUUCAAAGGCUUAAGCCGACAAACCAGCGAUAUGACCCUGAUCUCGCCAGCGCCGACUGUCGUUGGCGGCGAGGCGAGUACGGCAUCUCUAACUAAUGGCGAGGCUCCGGGAACCCCGACAGAGAAAGCGAGCGCAACAGCAUCGCCCAUUAAACGGCGACCAGGUCGACCUCCUCGUCGCCAUGGUUCUCUUUUAGAUGGUCUAGGCACUCCCAACGGCCCCAAAUAUAUUCCUCCGCCCGGACCAAAUCCCCGCGAGCGUUUAACCCUUCCAAAACCUUCCUUUCGGGUCGCCGACAUAUUUAUGCCUCUUGAACAAAAGGGCUCAGGGCAGCAAAACUACGUUGAUCGAGCCAUGGCGAAUGUGGGAUACCAAGAGAGUGACCUUUUUAUGCGACCAGACAAGCGGCUUAUUCGAGUUGCUGAAGGCGCAGUCGAUGAGGAUCUCGACGUUGGUGUGGGCUACAGAAGCGAUGGUGAACCUACCGCCGUUCUAGGAGGUGGGAGUGUGGGAAAAGUUGAAUACGACAUGGACGAGCAAGAUGACAAGUGGUUGGAGGCAUACAAUGCAUAUAGAAAGACCGAGCAGGUCGAGGCCAUCAAACCUGCCAUCUUUGAAGUCACAAUGACAAAGAUUGAGAAGGAAUGGCAUGCCUUGGAAAAACGAAUACCAAAACCAAAUCCAAAACCUCCGCAAACACAUCGGCCACGAUCGAGUCUUACAGUCGCUAUAAACGGUGAACCAUCAGGAAUGGGCGAGGAGCAAGACAGCAAAUGCGCAGUUUGCGAUGAUGGAGACUGCGAAAACACAAAUGCAAUCGUCUUCUGCGAUGGGUGCGAUCUGGCAGUUCAUCAAGAAUGCUAUGGUGUGCCUUUCAUUCCCGAAGGCCAAUGGCUCUGCCGAAAAUGCCAAUUGAUCGGACGUGGUACUCCUACAUGCAUUUUCUGUCCAAAUAUGGACGGUGCCUUUAAGCAGACAAAUACGUCUCGGUGGUCUCACAUACUUUGUGCCAUCUGGAUUCCAGAAGUUUCUCUGGGGAAUACUACCUUUAUGGAGCCGGUAAUGGACGUAGAGAAGGUUCCAAAACCGCGAUGGAAACUAACUUGCUACAUUUGCCGGCAGCGAAUGGGCGCGUGCAUUCAGUGCAGCAAUAAGAAUUGCUUCAUUGCAUUCCACGUCACUUGCGCAAGACGAGCGAGGCUGUUUUUACGAAUGAAGACGGCUCAUGCUGGUCCAGCAAGUAUGGAUCCAACCGUAUUCAAGGCCUAUUGCGACAAGCACGUGCCGCCAGAUUGGCGGAAAGAGAACGAUGUUGACGCCGCGACCGCGGAUGCGCAAGACUUUUACCGACACACGAUGCGUGGGCGACUCUGGGCGGACAGUCAACAAUCGGCACUUGCUCUCCUUCCUUCGCAGAGCCAGUCAGCCUUACCACCUGCCGACGACCUUGCUCUUCUUGAUCCGUCACAGGCCGACUCCGCUGGAAAUAAGCGAAAGCGCAACCAACCUCCAAAAUCUAUCUGGAAACUCCCUUCUGGUGCCCCUGUCGUCCCUUCGGUGGUAUUCAAUGCUGUGGAGAGCUCUCUGCAGCGUUUCGGCAUUCGAAAACGAAAAGAAUAUGCCGCAGAAGCAUGCAAAUACUGGACACUCAAACGAGAGGCUCGGAGAGGUGCGGCUCUCUUGAAGCGUCUACAGCUCCAGAUGGAAACAUUUUCCUCCAUGGAGAUUACGAGGCGCAACUUUGCUGGCAUGGGCACAGCCGGAAGACCGAAGCUUCAACGGAGGAUUGAUUUUGCAGAAAUGUUACUACAGGACGUGGAAAAACUCCGUCUUCUUUGCGACGAGGUAAAGAAGCGAGAACGCGAAAAGUUAAAGGAUGCGGAGAUGUUACGAGAUGUUGUUGACACGAUAUAUUUCCCAUUGAUACCCCUUCUUUGGCCAAUAUUUGACAAAGCGGUCAGCUUGGAUGGGAAAGGCGUUUUUCGACAGGGCUUUUCAGGUAUCCAGUCAAAGCUUGACGAUCGAAGUUACACAUCGGUUUUUCGAUUCGCCGCCGAUCUUUGCAGUGUCUUGAGUGCAGCCUUGUGGGCCUAUUCUCCCGGUCAAUUUGCUCACGAGCAGUCUGAGACCGCUGGCCAGAGCGCCAUUGUUGACCCCAAGUCUGAGGCUAAGGACAAACAAAGAGUGGCUAAAAGGAUUGUUAGAGCCAUCCGAGGACCGCUUGAAGAGGCUAUUGGCAAGGAAGCCGACCUUGGGGCAAAGUCAGCGGAAAAGACCUUGCAAGAGUUAGGUUCUUUGCUCGAGAACUGUGUCAUCAUUCGAGGAGAAACUUCAGCCACUUCUGCGGGCGACGCUGGUAGCGACGACGAGGCCGAUGAGGGAACCUUGGUGGAGAAAGCUCUCACAACGCAAGAAACCAAUACUGACCAAGUGAUGGCCGAUGCGCCAGCUUGUCCUACAUCCGUUGAAGCCGCUGAGCAAAACCAUUCUGGAAUAUAUGACGAAGAUGCACCUGGAGAAGAAGACGAUGCUACAGUACCUUCUGCACAGUUUCACAACCGUAUCGAAGCUGCAGCUGAGGAAAAUGGCGAGAAAUCGGGCACUCGCGAGAUUGUGCAACCUAACGGAGCUCCUCAGUCGCCUCCUCCGACACAAACGGCACAGAAAUCGCAUGAGCCUGUCAAUGGGCUGCCUCGUCAGCCUGAGACAAUCCCUCACCAGGCCACGCGGCCUAUCGAGCCUCCUACGCCCGCGACUAGCUCAGAGGAGGAGCUGAUGGCUCCUUUGAAUGCGGGAGGCAUCCCUUGGUAUUUAGAGCCGUUUGAUCCUCUUGGCACUACCAUUCACGAAGAGCGCUGGACAGGUCGGGAUGUGGCGCGGGGCAUGAGUGAAGAGUUGAGCGAAAUUGACGAUGAGGAGCUUCGAGGGCUGGUAGAUGAAGAAAUGGCAGACAUACCGGAAUCUGUGCCAGCAGAUGGCGCAACUGCGUCAGUCAAAGGCACUGCUCAGACUGCCAUUGUUCCGCGGAAGAAUUUACGAAAACGUCGGUGGCGAGGAUAUCGAUGAGCUGCGUUGUUUAGCUCAGUGAUAGUGCUUUUCGAGAGGACAGACUAAUUUACACAGGCAUUCGGGACAUGGCAAGCAUGGCGUUUGUGGGCGAAAUCCUUUACUUCUAUUUUCCAGUUCGGAAUGCUUUGGAAUGGCGAUAACAGUGAGGCUUCAUUUGGGAAUCUUGGGACCAUUGAGCGUUGAACGUUGUUUAUUCGUCUUUCUUCUUAUGCUUUUGUCUUCAUCGUACGCAUAAUUUUCUUCUCGUGUCUGCUCUUUUCCUCCUUCUUCUGCGGAUAACCC